AAUGUAAAUACUAGUGGAUUAAAUUAAGAAAGAAAUUUUGAUUGGUAGUUGGGCUGAGUUGGGUGUUAGCUUUGGAGAUUAUUAAUAAGUUAUUUAAAAUGGCGAUUAUAAAAAUCGUUAAAAUGUGUUAGAUGGAAUAUUUUGAUAUAAGAGAAUUAAUAAUUUAUAAUUAUGUAAAAUCUGAAUAAUGCAUUAUUUUAAGUGGCGGUAGUUAAUAUGAUGAAGGAGUUUAGAUUAGUUGGACUGAGUUGAUUGAUUGGUUAAAGGAUUAUUCAAAAAUUACCUUUGCAGUUUGAG